AUUCACCGCAGGCACUGCGACGCGGAUCUCGGCCGACGCGCCACCUGGGAAACUUUCUGCGUUCGUCGACCGACUCAUCCACGAACAGCAGCUGUACCGAUUACUGGACAAGUCGUGAGGGAUCAAAGUUCGCGCCCUUCUCGGCGCGAAGAGUAAACUUCGCUUCUCCGAGAGGAAGGAAUUAUCGGCGUGCACAUCUUGUUUGGUAAACAUCUCCUGCUUUGGCGGGAGAGGGGAGGCAAACAACGGGUCUUGACCAAUCAGGGUGACUGGCCAAUCAGCUGCGCGGCGUGCCGGUACCUCGUCACAGCAGGCAAACGCAUAGGCAAACUCUUCCACGAGUGGAGUUGCAGAGAGUGUGGGGGUGUGCUACCGUGAACACGCGGCUGAGUAGAUACUUUUCUGCAACCAGUAUUCAGUACUCGCACAACGACAUGGACUACCAUAAGUUUCUAGCGUGGUCUUUCCUUUGGUGCUAAUUGUGGACAUCCCAGUUGCGACCACGCGAGUGAGGAAGGCAAAGGUGUGCAAGAACUUGACAAGUACGUCGAACACUACUGUUGACGCACGCCUACUUGCGGUUGCGAGGGUAGUCGAUCCGUCAUUCGUUGUUUUGCCGGUGAUACGUGACUUAUCGGAGUGUUGUGGGGACGGCGGGUGUAAGCAGCAGUGACGUGGAAGGCCCCGGCGUAGCGGCACAGCCUUUGGCACAGUAGCCAGUGCUGCUGGGUUAGCGCGGCCGGUCGAGUCAGGGCAGUGCGUCCAGGUGAGCGGGCGCGUGUGGUCGCUGCGUGCCGAGGGAGGGGAGUAGUAGCAGCAGGAGCGAGGCGAGCCAGCGGAGGACGCCGCGCGCCAGUGCAGACGGGCCAGCCAUGGCCUCCUACCGGGACCUGCUGUUCGACUGGUCAAUGCUCUGCCAGGAAUGCGUCGGCUGCUGGACCCACGAAGAUCUGCAGUUGGCAGCAGAGUUAGGAAAGACUUUAUUGGAGAGGAACAAGGAGUUGGAGACAAGCCUCAAACAGCACCAGGGAGUCAUAGAGGAUCAGGCACAGGAGAUAGAGUACCUCACUAAACAGACAGCUGCCCUAAGAGAAGUCAAUGACUCUCGCUUACGGAUCUAUGAGCAGUUGGAAGUUAGCAUACAAGACUUAGAACGGACAAAUCAAAAGCUUGCUGCAGAUAACACCAAUGACAAGAGGCACAUCAAGAGCCUCUGUGCCCAAAUUGAAGCACUAGAUGCAAAAUGUGAGGAGCUUCAGCGGACCCUGGAUGAGGUAACAGCACAGAGGAAGAGACAAGAACAGCUGCUACAGCAGAAUGAGAAACCAAUUGAAACACUUGCGAGUGGUUGCACGGCAGUCAAGCCCACAGAUGUGGCUAGUAGUACAUCACCUACUUCCAAGCAUUCACCAGGAGGAGAAACCAAAACAAAAGAUGCAUCAACCGAAGAGGUAGUUCAGCUGUUGAGUCAGCUACAAGAUUUGAGGACUGCGAAGGUGAAGGAGCAGGUCAGAGCAAAGGAACUUGAAGAACAGCUGGCUGUUGUGCUACAGGAAAAUGUCCAGCUCCAAGAACAGCUAGAAACCUUACAGAUGAAAGAAAAGGACUUGAAAUCCAUACAAGAAGAAAUUUCAACUCUGGAGGAAGUUAGACAGGGACAGCUCUGCAGAAGGUGUCUUCGUCUUACUGACACACGUGGGCAGGAUGAAUUGUCUCUAGUCAUGGACAAUGAGGAAGAUGAUGUGACAAGUGUCAGCAAUUCUGUAACCAGUGAAACCUACUGCAGCACGGUCAUGUUACAUAUUGAGGAUGACAACCCGUACAAGGAGUUGGAAGCAAGGUAUGCAGCUCUUCUGGAAAUGCAACGCCAGCCUCGUCGUCAUGCACCACCAUCGCCUCCGAGCAACCAGUUAUCGCUACAAGAGGAAUUGCAGAUGUCAGGAGAUUUCAACAGCUUCCACCACAUAAAAGAUACAGAAAGUGACCAAGAGGCAUUGCCAGAAGUACCACAGCAGAAUGGCAACCAAGUGUCUGGAGAGAAACAGCAGCCCAAUCGUCGGAGAGCAGGGAAGACAUCAUCUGCAACACCUACAGACUUUUCAGAAGCUGAAACUUCUUCAUCUGGAUUUUCUGAUGAGACUAGCAAUAAGUCAACACAAACAGAACUUUCUGGGUUACCAGCAGGUUCUUAUUUGUGUUCAAUUGCUGAUGGAGAAGACUGUCGAUUUAGUAUUUAUGAUGACGCUAGUCCUGUUGAGAGUCGCUUUAGGAAAACUCCAGAAUAUCGCCAACUGUUCAGAGAAAUAUUUGCAGUGUUAAAGCGUGCAGCUGAAGAAAAAGGAGAAGGUGAACAGCUGCCACGUCUGGACGAUGCAACACCAACUCGCGAGGCUCUUCCCAAAGUGCCACCUGCAACUCCAGCUAAGGAAGAAGCACCUCUAGAGUUUGCCACCAAAGAGGAGUGUAAGAAAGAAACUAAAACUAUGCCCAGACAGAGACAGCCUAGCAAUAAGAGGAUGGAAUCUCAACCAAGUGAACCAGAGAAAGCUAGCUCUUCAGAGAAUCCUGGCUCAAGUGCUGAAAGUUCUAACAGUGGACUUGUUCUGAGACCGCUUCCACCAAAGUCGGAACAAAUAGAAUACUUAUCAGUAGGUAUUGCAGUGAAAAAGAAGGGAAAGAGAAAAAAUUCACCAAUGAAACGCAUGAAUGUUGCAGUGGAGACUUCACCAGUUGGGGCUAGUGGUCUGAACUACAGUGGCCGAGCGUCAAACUCUGGUAGGAACAGGCAGCAGCAGCAGACACGUACGUGGUAUCGCAGUGAUAGCCCCAGACAUCACAGCAAUAACAGCAGUCGAUACGCAGCAUAUGAUAAGUCGUGGGAACCACAGCAACAGUUUCCAAGCCCAGCGUAUGAAGGUGUUGUUAAACUGAAGCAACUGGACAUGUCGUAUGCAGAAGCUCUUCGCAAUGGGCCACGGAAAACAUCACCUGGUAAUGUUAAUGGAUACAGAAAAUGAGAAAUGUGGGGAAAAUAUGCAACCACCAAAAGAUGUUCUGUAUACUGUGCUAAUUACUUGAUAGUUUUAGGUGAAAAAGUGUUAAUGUAAAUUUUAUGACAUUGUGGGCCUGAAUCAAAUUAAUGUGACUCAUGUACAUAACAGUGAAAACGUGUUUAAAGACCUGUUAUGUGGCCUGGAGAAUAUACCCUACCAAUAACCAUUUGAUGGAAGGAUUUGCGCAAAGAAAAUUGUAAAUUUUCUUUCAUGUACAGCUCGUGACUAAUGCAUUUGUGCAAAGUGCAAUAUAUAUAUAUGUAUGUGAAACAGUACAAUUUUGUAUCAAGAAAGAUCUUGUACCCUUUCUUAAAACAAAAAACAAAUCUAAAUAUAUUAUUUGUAUUAAUUUAUCUGGUUUCACAUUAAAAUUCCAAUAAUCAAAUAAACUAUUUUUUCUCUGGUUGUUAAUGUUUUUAAGUGGGCACAUGACAACUUCAAAGUGCCAGCUUUCUUGCCCAGUUCUAUCUGUGAGAAAAUGGUGUCUUAAAACUACAAGCCAAUUUCAGUCAUUUUUUUUUCUUGGCUCAUAGCAAACAUUUUACAGGUUUGUAAUAUAAAAAUAUUUUCCUUUAGGUGUUUAAAGAAAGCAUUGAAAAUAACAAUUUUGUAUCUCUCUCUUUCAAAGGCAAAACUGAAGUUUUAAUACUGUUGCAUCCAUCAGAUAAGUGAAAGAUUGUAUCUCAAUGGAAGCUGUAAAUUGUAAUUAAUGCAUCUGUUAUGUCUGUAAAUGUUAUGUUUAGCUGAUUUUUUUCUCCAUGCUUAAUGUAAAUGAAUGAGAGAGACAAAAUAUUAUGCCAUCCACAUGCAGAAGAGAAAAACUGUGUUGUCAUUGAAUUUCUGACAAACAAGUCAUACUGAAUUAUUAGGACACUUUUAAUGUAUGCUUUGUUACUGAAAACUACUGCAUUCAAAUUAGGAUGUUCUGUUUUUCUGUGCAACAAAGACAUACAUGUGCGGAAUAUUUUCAGUUUCAGCAUGUUCUAAUUUAAACACAUCUGCCAAACAGAAAAUAACUUUUACCAUUGCAUAAUUUGUAUGUAAAAAUGAAGAAAUAAUUCAGUAUUUGAAAAUGGCAAAGCACUCCAGUGUGUUUAAUAAAUGUAUGUUGAUUGUAGGCAUGCAUUAAAAUAUAGUUGAACUAAUCCAACUACACACAAUGGUAACUGCAUAUUUUACCAUUUAUUUACAUUUGUGCUGAUGGAAGUACAAUAAACAGAAUCCUAUCUGAUGAUUAGACAACAGUUUGAUGUUUUGAGGUAUUAAAAUUGGAAGUGAAUUAUGUGCAAAAUUAAAUUUGAAAUAAACUAAGUGUUUUCAUAA